UUUCGAGAUAGGCUGCAAAAUGAGGGGCAAAGGCGAUGACUUAUGUUCAAGAUAGGAUAUCCAUGUGUUUGGGUUACUCAACAAAAAGGAAGAAAAAAAAGGGGGAAAAACACCGAAGAGGAUGAAACUCGGUCCGAUAAAAAACUCGUAGUAGCAGCCUUAGAAAACGGUGGUGGAGAACAACUUAGGAUCCCGCCGAUAGCAUUUCGAGAUGGCAUGCAAAGUGGUGGCAAAGGCGAUGAUUUGUGCAAAAAGUCAUAGACGAAAACCUAGCGAACAAUAACUAAACACAAAGGCGAUGAUUUGUGCAAAAAGCCAUAGACGAAAACCUAGCGAACAAUAACUAAACACAAAGGUUUUAGAAUGGAGAGUGGGGUAAAAGAAUAACUUGGAACUUCUCCACUUGCACUUGGACAAUAACUAAACACAAAGGUUGUUGACUCGUGACUCGACUCUACUGUCACUCCAGGAAUUGGCCAAGUGAAACCACUUCCUAAAGCGUAGUAUAGCGGGUUAGGUUUAUAUGUCAACCCGGGUCCUAGAUCUGAUGACUACUCAGUGAAUUCUUGUUAUCUAGCAAUGAAACUGGCAUGCAAGUCUAAACUACCAAACAAACAAAGCAAGUAAACUGUUGUAUUCAGGUUAAAGAGGUCAACCGGAUAUGGUUCCCCCUAGACUGCAGUUAAGCCGGAUUGUAAUUACCAAGUUCAGUUUCUAUGACAGUUAUACUGUGGAAGGUUCUUAAACAGCUUGAAGUCUCGACUAAAGGUCUUCAGACCCUCUCAAUCUGACUCUCUAGCGGGCGACUAACCUCCACCAGAGUCGACAGAUUGAGGCCCUAAGAACAAAACCUCCACUACCGGAGUAAAUCCGGUACAGAAUAGUGAGUUGGCUCCUCGACUAAAGUCACCAACUCCCUACCUUCAAUCAAGGAUACUCUAUUAACCUAGGCAGAUAUUCUCAUUCUAGGUUAAAGCAGAAACAACAGGAAUUUGAUCAGGAUUCAAGUCAUUCAAUCAUUAAAACCUCAAUCGAAUAUAAUCAAUCACAGAAUCAGUACUUGGGUUCAUACAAUCAAAGCCUAACAUACAAAUCUAGGGUUCUCCAUACCCAGAUGAAUGGGAGAACUACUCCAUGGAGAAGAAAGCAAAAGCAGAUUCAGACACGGAAUUCAUAAUGCGAAGGAUGGAUUCCUGCUUCUGGACGUUGAUUGGCACUUCUCCAAGCUCAAGCUGGCCUCCAAUGGUGUUGAAGAUCAAUCUAGGGCACUUGGGAACUCUUGCUCGUCACUUUCUCUCUCUAGGAACUGAUCUCUCUCUCAAAAACUCGAAUCCCCCUUCUGUUUGGCUGAAAAUCUGCUUAAAAAGGCAUCAGCCAAAGCACGGUCGAGGGCACGGCCGUGUAAUGCCUCAGCCCGCCCGUGCUUUGGCUAGUGUUAAUUACACUAGCAGCAGUGGGGAGAAACACGGCCGUGCUUCGCUUUGGACACGGCCGUGUAAUGCUUGAACACGCCCGUGCUUUGUUUUGGCCCUGCCCGUGUAAUCAGCUCAGCUCUCGGCAUAAAAAGCACGGCCACCAGAACACGGCCGUGUAAUGAUUUAGGUGUGCCCGUGUUUUGGCUCCAGCUCACCGAAAUGACUUCCGAAUGCCCCGAAACUCGCGCUUAGCCUUCCCUUUGACACCUGGGACCUGAAACAUGACAAAAUAGCACAACCCGGCGUAAAAUAGGCCACAAUACACGACUAUGCCCCUCAAACGGAUAAGAACUAGGGGCGCAAAUAUGUGCAAUUACAUCGUUAUCAAACUCCCCCACACUUAACCGUUUGCUUGUCCCCAAGAAAACCUAACUCAAACCAAUGCAACUCUCCAGACCUCCAUAGCAACAAACAACCCAGAUCGUAAGUAGAGGACUUCCUAGGUCAUUUAGCAGCUUACGAGGUCAACCGACGCACAAGUCAUCUCAAAGCUUCUUAUCGAGUCGGCAUCAUGGCAAAAAGUGAACAGAGGACAAAUGAAUCGUGGAUGGAGAGAUUCUCAAAAACAAAGGAUCAUGGACUCA